AUGGCUGAUCUCGAUGCCACAUUUGGUGAAUCCCUCCAAGUCAUCAUUCCCCAAGAUGCCCAACCUUCCAAGCGUGUUCUUCUUGCUCCCGUUGGAUCCGUCUCAAACGAUUUUGAUGACGUUCGUCGUUUCAAAGAUGCUGCUUAUGAGGCUGGUCUCAAGGCCAUCAAGGUUGGAAUCACUUCUCCUUUGAUUUACUUUGCCGACUCUCCCGCCCAGAACCAGGCCGAUUGGACCUUCUCAGCUGAGCAGGAUUAUGCCUACUUUAUCGAAGUCACCCUUCUCGGUUUCCUCGAGGCUUCAUUCGAACCUAUCGAUGUCCGCGAGCAUCUGGAGCGCACCAACAAGCCAAUCCCUGGCUUCAAGGAACUUGGUUUGGUAUCAUCCCUUGUCAGAGAGAGUGCAGAUGAGGUCAUCCAAAAGGUACUUGCUAUCGAGCAGGGAAAGCGUGUCACCAAAGAUAUCGGUUCCCCUGACCCUGAACGUAUGUCACCUAUAAACAUUGUCAAGUACCUUGAAGAACAGUUCAAGGAUUCUCCCCACAUCAAGAUGACUGUAAUUGAAGACAUUGAGGUCAUUAAGCAAGAAUACCCCUUGGCCCACGCUGUUACCCGCGCCAGUUUGGCUGUUCCCCGUCAUCACCCUCGCUUUGUUCACUUUGAGUACAAGUCUCCCGAUCAGAGUCAGGUCAAGGAAAACCUCUACUUUGUUGGUAAGGGUGUUACGUAUGACACCGGAGGAGCUGAUAUCAAGUGCAGUGGUCACAUGAGAGACAUGUCUCGUGACAAGUGUGGUGCUGCUGCCGUUGCUGGUUUCAUGAAGACUGUCGAACUCUUGCAACCAAAGGAAGUUAACGUGACUGCUGGUCUUGCACUUGUAAGAAACUCGAUUGGCUCAGAUGCCUACGUGAGCGAUGAAAUUAUCUACUCCCGUAACGGAUCUCGCGUUCUCAUCGGAAACACUGAUGCUGAGGGUCGUAUGGUUAUGACCGAUCUCUUGUGUGAGUUCAAGGAGCGUGCUGUUGCUCACAAGCAGGCUGGUGAUGCUUCCUCAAAUGCUCCUUCUCUUAUGUUCACUGUCGCUACCCUGACUGGUCACGCCAUCCGUGCCUACGACGGUUACGCCAUUGCACUCGACAAUGGAUUCGCCAGACGUAACAAAGUCAGCCAGCGUUUGUUUGAUGCCGGUCAUAUUCUCGGCGAUCCCUUUGAGAUCUCUACCUUGCGUCGUGAGGAUCUCGACGUAGUACAGCCCGGUCGUUCAAGCGAGGAUGUUGUUCAGGCCAACGACAAGCCCAGCACAAUGACCAACCGUGGUCAUCAAUAUCCCGCCGGAUUCAUGUUGAUCGCCUCUGGUCUCAACAAGCACGGUCUUGCCCACGACCAACCCAUUGCCUACACUCAUCUCGAUAUUGCUGGUUCAUCAGAAACCAUCUCUGCAGUCGGAUGGAGCUUACCUCGUACUACUGGAUCACCCAUAGCCGCUCUUACUGGAGCCUUUUUGCUCUAA